AUGUCGUUUGUUUUGGCUCUCGUAAAACUUCCAUUCGUCCUUCUACUGGAAAUCAUCUACUUUAUCCUCCGAUGCAGGCCAAAGAAAGACAUAAGAAACCAGCAAAUUCUUAUCACAGGGGCUGGUCAAGGAAUUGGAGCAGAGUUUGCCCGGCAGUUUGCUAAAAUGGGGAACACUGUACACUGUGUAGAUAUUGAGGAGGAGUUGACGGAUAAAAUUGUGGCAGAGUUAAAAGAAAAUGGCCACGAAGCCUUCCCAUACACCUGUGAUCUUACCAAGCAUAAGCAAGUACAGGACCUUUAUGAUGAAAUAUCAGGUACGGGGUUUGUUAUCAACAUCCUUGCGAAUAAUGCUGGAGUGGCGUUUGGAAGAGGGCUACAGGAUAUGACUCUCACUCAGAUCCAACAUUCACUAUCAGUCAAUAUUAUUUCCAAUCUGUGGCUCAUCAAGUUGUUUCUGCCAAAGAUGCUUGAGCUCGACGAGGGUCACAUUGUCAAUAUGGCAUCUGUUCUGGGAUUCUUUCCGUCGAGAAAUUCGACUGAUUACUGUGCUGCAAAAGCCGGUUCAAUUCACACUUUGAACCAACUACGACUGGAUCAUAUGGAAUCAAAAGUUAAUUUCACUGCAGUCUGCCCAUUUUUUGUAGACACCAAGAUGAUUGUCGGUGUAAAAGCCUCCGUUGCUAUGUCUGCAAAAUGCCUGGUUACCAAAGCAAUUCGUGGGAUCAGAGAAAACAAAGAAGUUAUAAUUGUACCUGGAUGGUUUAAUAUCCUGAAAAUAGUCCAAGAUUUCACUCCUCCUUACUUUGUACGAUCACUGCUCUGGGCUGCAACAGAAUAUUCUAAAAGGAACGUAACGGGAAAUUUCGUCGGACAGAGGAUGAUCGAAAAAAUCCAGUAAUUUAAAUUAUGAGAAUUAGUGUUGUACAACUAUUUCAGGGAUUACAGAUGUGUCAAACUUUGAUUAUUCUCUGAAAGUUUCGUAAAAUU